AUGCGCUAUUGGGUAAAUCAUACUGAGCCUGUUGCCCUCCCUGAUGGUCAUCGCCCCGAAUCCGAGCCCCCUACCUACCCUGUGUCGGAAGCUGGUGCCCAAGCCCAGCGAGAAGACUCACCGUCAGUCUGCGAUGCGGCGUGGAAGUUGUUGAUUCUGGCGUAUGAAUCUCUCGAGCGCACCGAUGACACUAGCAAACAGGCCGCAGCGGUGUUUUGCUUCGUGGGAUGGUUGUUUGCGGAUGCGAUUCUCGAGCAGCGAAAUCAAGGAAAUCUCGACCCCGUGUUCAGUAACGAUAUUAUGGCUUUGCUUUCCCAGGUGCGGCGGAUUGCGAAGCAGAGACUGCGUAGGCAAGUGAGCGCGGCUUCAAAGGAGUUCAGAACGUACCUAGAUGAGAUCGGGUUUUCUGUGGGUGACUCGGAAGACGCGUGGAUCGGGCUCAAGGCGUUAGAUGCGUGGUUCGAGAAGCGAGGCGAAAGUGGCCCGAUGGGCAUUGAGAGGGUGAUGUUGGACGCAAGCGAAAGGAGCACUAUAGUGCAUACCAUUAUGAAUUUCGACAGGGAAUGGCAGACGAACGGAACAACCUUGGGUAUGAGCUUCGACUCCGUAGGAGGAACAAGAAAGACAACAACCUUCGAUGGCAAUGGGAGGCAAAUCAAUUAUGUCUGCACCGGCUCUGGACAACAAUACAUAGUGGAGAACUAG